AUGGAAGAAGGUGGUAUGCUCUGCAACAAUCUGAAUCCCAGGGUGAUGCUGUCAUCCCAGGCAUUACCCACUCGAGGGGGGCCAUGGAAGGAUAUAUGCCAAAUACAGUUCAAGGAUCAACAAGUAAGACAGAAGAUGAUUAAUGGUUUGUCCAUGGAGAUUGGUGAUGGGAGAGGAACUCGAUUCUGGGAGGAUGUCUGGUUGCGUGGUGGGCCCCUGAAAGAUAUGUUUCCGAGGCUCUUCUCAGUUUCAAACCAAAGAGGAUCUGUCAUAGGGGAUUGUGGGUUCUGGGACGGGCUAGAGUGGAGAUGGAACUUCCAAUGGAGAGAGGAUAGAGUGGUGUGGAAGUUUGAUAAACAAGGUGUAUUUUCCACUAAUUCCUUUGUGCAGGAAUUGCAGGUGGAAUUGCUUCCAGAGGAUAUAGCAAGUUUCAGCUUUACUAGGACGGUAUGGAAGGGUCUAGUCCCACCAAGAGUUGAAUUGUUCAUCUGGUUCGUCUUGACUGGAAGGGUCAAUACAAAGGAGAGGCUGAGUAGGUUGGGAGUGGUUAACGAAGAAGACGUGGUCUGUGUUUUGUGUAAUAAAGGUGUUGAAGUUGGUCACCACUUGUUUCUUGCUUGUGAGUUUUCUUGGCAGGUUUGGUGUGCAUGGCUAACGUUUGCUGGGAGGCAAUGGUCAUGCCCAGGGACAUUAAAGGAACACUUUCAGAGCUGGACUGAGUUAUCAACUAGUAAGCAGGAACGGAAAAGGUGGAUGGUAUCUUUCUGUGCUAUAAUAUGGAAUAUCUGGCUUGAACGAAACAUGAGGAUCUUUCAGAAUAAAGGAAAAGGUGUUGACGUUGUUAUCCACCAAUCGUUCAUGAACUUCAAGGAGUGGCUAGGUGAUGAUCCCUUUUGUUGUUGA